UGCAAAUCCCGAUUCAAGAAACUGCCACCGUUUUUUUCAGAGUUUAUUUAAUGCCACAACCGUUAGCACUAACGUCUUGGACCCACAUGAUUGGUCAAACUUUUUUGACUUUGUCCAGAUUACUUACACGUGUCUUAUGUGGACGGCUCAAGAUGUCGAGCAUGAGAUUAUUACACGUAGCACAGGCUAAAUGACUAUUUUAUCCUUCGUGGGAUUGAAAACAGUUUGCAACUUUGUAUCGUUUCAUUUUUUUCUAGGGUUUGCUCGUUCUCUCUGUCCGCUCUGUUCUCUAGUGGAAGAAAUUAGGGUUUGGGUCAGUUUUCAGCGGGAUUUUGCUUAGGUUUAGUGUCUGAGUAAAGGGUUGGGGAGCGAUCGAGAUUCAGAAAAAGAAGGGGAAGGACAAGCAGCAGAUAUGGUAUGAUUGCAAACCCUAAUUUCGUUUUUCUGAGUUGAAUUAGGGGUUUUCUCUUAGGUUUUUGUUUCUCUUUCUUGUACUUUUUUUCUCUUGCUCUAUGUCCGCUCUGUUCUCUAGUGGAAGAAAUUAGGGUUUGGGUCAGUUUUCAGCGGGAUUUUGCUUAGGUUUAGUGUCUGAGUAAAGGGUUGGGGAGCUGAAGAUGAAGAAGAAUAAGGGGAAGCACAAGCAGCGGAUAUGUGACCAUACAUAUUAUCCAUAUAGAGAUAUCAGUGUGUUUGUUGUGAAUAGUAAACUUAAUUUGCUAUUCCCUCACAUGGAUAGAGAUAGAAUUGACCUUAAGGAAUUUGAGAAGAUGUUGCGUGUUAAGUUGCAUCUUGAUGAAACAGAAAUUCCAAAUUUAUAUUGGACCAUAGACCCAUGUCUGCCUGAGUAUUUGGUUACAAAUGAAGACUUGUUUAAGUUUUGGGAGCAUGCUGUACCUGAUGAUAAAGGGUUCAUAUGUUUACAAAUGAGUGUAAUGAAUUCAGAAUUUAGGAAUGACAAUGACUUCAUUAAGGAUGCAAUGGAACAACCAGUAGUAACAAUUGAUGAGACUCCUAAGAAGGCACCUAAGAGGAUUGCUAAGAAGCCAGUUUCAAAGGAAAAGUCAGUAAAGAUAUCACCUACAAGGAGAUCACUAAGGUUGCAUGCUCAAUCAAAGAAUGAAAACUCAAAUGGAGGAGCAUCUAGGAAGUUGUUGUUCAUGGAUCUAAAUGAUAUUGAUUAUGAAGAUAUUGUCAAGACAUACAAAGUUGGAGAUGAAAGCAGUGAUUCAAGCAGUAGUGAAGAAGACAAUGAAGAAGUUUCUAAUGAUGACAAGAAUAAUGAUAAGGAUAAUGAUGGUCCUGAAGUAAAUGAUGAUAAAUAUUCCAAACCAAAGCUUGAUUACCAGAAGUGGAAAGAAAUGUUCAAUAUGCACAGUGAUGAAGAAGAAGAACCAUUAUUCCCUGUAGAAGAAGAGGUGACUCCUGUUGAUCCUACUAAGAUGGAGGUAAAGUAUGCUUUUAAUAACAAGAGUGCUUAUAAGAAACAUCUUAGGGGUUACUGUGUAAAACAUAAUUAUCAGUAUACGGUCUAUAAGAGUGACAAAACAAGAUUAAGAGUGAGAUGUAGGUUUAGGGAAGAGUAUGGCUGUAACUGGUUUGUAAAUGCUAGCAUAAAAAGGCAUGAGCCUACUUUUAUUGUUAGGAAGGUUAAUCUAGAACACACUUGUGUUGCGGAUCCAAAGAGUUUUAACAGAUCCGCGGAUCCUGAGUUCGUAAAAGAUGUGGUACAUGAGAAGUUAAAGCAGACAGCUGGGGCCUUAAUUCCAAAGCCUAAACACAUUGCAAGAGACUUUUUUGUAACUCAUAACAUCAAUAUACCUUAUAUUUGUGCAUGGAAGGCUAGAAAUCUUCUUUUAGAAGAUCUGUUUGGUAAUUAUGAAGACAGCUACAAGGAUGUACCCAUCUUUUGUGCAAUGGUGGCUCAUACUAAUCCAGGGUCUGUUGCUAAAUACACUUAUGGGAAAAGAGAUAAGACAUUCAUGAGCAUGACUAUUUCAUUUGCUGCACCAAUGAGAGGAUUUCAGAAAGCUUGCAGGGGAGUCAUAGGUUUAGAUGCAUGCCAUCUAACUGGAAAGCGUGGUGGUGUUCUAAUGGCUGCAACAGCAAUUGAUGGUCAGAAUUCUCUGGUGCCUUUAGGCAUUAAGGUGGCUAAGAGUGAAACCAAGGAGAGCUGGACUGGGUUCCUCAAGGAUUUGGCUCCAGCAAUCAAUGCACAUCAUGCUGGCAGAAUUACCUUUAUUUCUGAUAGGCAAAAAGGGUUGUUGGAAUCUGUUCCAAAGGUUUUCCCUGGUGCAAGAGUUAGAUAUUGCUUCAGGCACUUGUACAAGAACUUCAAGAAGUACCACAAGGCACCAACCUUGCACAACUUAUUGUGGAAUGCAUGCAAAGCUUACAAAGUGAGGCAUUUUCAGGAGCACUUUGACAACAUAUGCAAAGAAAGUCCGGCUGCUGGUGAAUAUCUUAGGAAAGAAGAUCCAAGUACUUGGUCUAGGGCUUAUUUUGAUCCCAUUAGCUGUUGUGAGCAUAUGAAUAACAAUUUCUCAGAAUCAUUUAAUUCUAUGAGUUCUAAUAUGAGAGAUAAACCAAUAAUCCAACUAGGCAUGAUGUAUGGUCAGUUAGUAAUGGGUUUGUUAUUUAAGAGAAGGGAAGAAUCUGCUAAGUGGAAUCAAAAUGAUUUGGUCCCUGCUGCUGUUAAGUUGAUAAAUAAGAUGCUUGACUUGGUUGGGAAGUUUGAUACAGAAGGAAGUGUGGUUGGACAGGUUUAUUUGGUAACUAAUGUGUCUACCAAGAAAAUUUUCACAGUGAACAUUGUAGACAAACAAUGCACUUGUUUGCAAUGGCAGCUGGAUUCCCUUGUCAACAUGCUUUAUUGUGCUCCUUACUACUCUGUGGAAUAUUAUAGGACCAUAUAUGCAGAUGCUGUAAAUCCACUAGAAGACAUAAGUGAAUGGAACUGGGAAGAUAAGGCAUCCAUGGACAUCAACUUAAAGCCUCCUCCUUAUCAAAGAAAAACUGGAAGACCAGCAAAGAAGAGGAAGAGGAGCUAUGAUGAACCUGAAACUGUGGUGAAGAAAAGGAAAUGUGGAAAGUGUGGAUCUACUGCUGGUCAUAAUAAGAGAACCUGUGCUGGUGGUGAUGUUGGUAAAAACCCAACUGGAUUCAUGCCAAGCACCGAGUAUGAUGCUGCAAACUGCACCUUCACUAGUAGAGAUCAUCCUGAAAGUAGCAGUGCAAGGGGUAAAGCAAAGGUGAACAAAUCCAGAGGUACAUCUUCAUUUGUUGGUGAGUCAACAGGACCUAAAAACUUUGGAAGAGCACCAACAGAACCUAGCACCCAUGGAUCUACACAAGAUGUUCUGAAUUUCAGUCAGAACUUUACUGGUAUUGGAUCUGUUAGUCAACAUAUUCCUGUCACAAAGGGAAAGCAAAGCAAGGCUAAGAAGAAGUAG